AUGAAAGGAUGGCCCGAGACAGAAGAUGAGGAUACUGUGGUUCUUGAGUUUUUCCAUCCACCUUAUACCCUACCAAAAUUAGCCUUAUCAGUUGCUACAGGCCUUAAUUUUUCUGUGUAUGUAUAUAACUGGUUCUUACCAGACAGCCAUCCAAUCUAUAAUAACCACAAGAGAUCACUGAAACAUACCACCAUUUCUGCCCUUAUGUCCACUUUGGAAGGAGCUGAAAUUUGUGAAGGUCUCACUAAAGAUGAACACACCAAUGCCAUGUGUGAAGAUCCCAGCCGAUUGGGUUCCAGUUGUCUUGUGAGACAUACAAUUCCCAUUGAGAGAAAGCAUUAUGAAGAGGAUGGUCCACCAUUUCAGGCUCAUGUUUUCAUCCGGUCUGAAAACUGUGAGUUGCUUUGCAAUGACAUUUUGUGUGCAAGUUGCAUGAAGCAGGAAAGAUCCCUUGGUAAAAUGAAGGAGAGUAAUGCCAAGCGAACAGUUGAGCCACUCAAGAGUAACACACCUCUGUCUGGUUCAAGCAAGGAAAGAUUGGUUGCCACUGUUCAAAAGCAAAGGAUUGUUUGCAAGGAGCUUGAAGGUCGGAUUGCUGAACUGGAAAAAGAAAUUGAAAGGAACAGCAUUCCUAUUGAUGAGACCAUGGAGAAAGAUAUCUUGGCAAUUCUCGCUGAUGGUGGUGACAAAGUAACCCCACACAUGAAAGUUUUCUGGGAGCAACAAAGAAAACUACUAUCAAUGCCAAAAUUUGGACGAAGGUACCACCCUCACAUUAUCCGUUUUUGCCUGUCUGUUCGUGCCAAGUCCCCAGCGGCUUAUGGAGAACUGCAAGAUUCUGGUAUUUUAGUACUUCCAAGUGAAAGAACAUUGAGGGACUACCGGAAUCUUUUCAAACCAAGGGCAGGUUUCCAUCCAGAAAAUAUUGAAAGAUUGAGGAAUCAAACAAGCCAAUAUUUUGACAUCCAGAGGUAUGUUAUUAUUUCAUUUGAUGAUAUGAAAAUCCAGUCAAAGUUGGUAUUUGACAAACACUCCAUUGAACUGAUUGGCUUUGUUGAUCUUGGAGAAGAAGAGUUGAAUGUCAGCAGUGGAUCAUCUGACGUUGCAACACAUGCCCAGGUAUUUUUUGUUCUUCCAUCUGAAGAAGAUAUAUAUACCCUUGGUUACUUUCUGACCAAAGAUGUUACAUCAUAUCAGAUAAUGCCCUUGUUUUGGAAAGCAGUAUCAGUCUCUGAUGGAGCCUCGCCUAAUCGCCUUUUUUACGAACUGCAUGCUGAUUUUGUGGACGUGGUAAAUUACACACCCAACCUCUUUGCUCCAGGCAGGAACAUUUCCUUUUUCUCAGAUACUCCACAUUUGCUCAAGACAACGAGAAACUGUCUUUUUAACUCUGGCAGUGGCAAGCACACAUGGGAAAUGUGGAACAAUGAGCAGUACAUGCUUUUGGAUCACAUCGCCAAGCUGUAUUAUUCUGAUCUUGACUCCGGUUUACAUCAGCUUCCCAAGUUGACUGUUGAUCACAUCAUCCUGAAGUCAUAUUCAAAGAUGAAAGUCAGCUUGGCUGUUCAAGUGUUGAGCAAUGCAGUUGCACAAGCUCUCGAGCACCAUUAUUCAUCAGGAGAGGCAGGUGAAACUGCUAGGCUAUGCAAGAUGAUGAAUGAUUUCUUCGACUGCAUGAAUGUCAGAUCCACAACUGAGCAUCAGAAGAAGCGCAAUGCCUUGCUAGCCCCAUACCAACGUGGAGAUGAUGAGUAA